AUGCCCAAAUUGUCUACCAGUUCUCUCUGGAAUUCUUACACCAGUUCUGUUCCCACAAUGUGCCAUCAAAAUCACCCAAUCAUGAUCUUCAAGCCAAAGGAGAGGGAAACCGACUUUUAUCAAGAUGAUAUUGUUUAUAAAAGAAGAACACAGAGAAGUGCCAUGAGCUGUAGUGGAAAUUGUUACUGGCCCAGAUCAGAAGAUGGCCUGGUCAAGAUCCCAGUUAAUAUCUCUCCUGAGUUUUCCUUAGAGCACAAAGAUGUGAUAAUUAAAGCAAUGGAAGAAUUUGUAACCCUGACAUGCAUUCGGUUUAUCAAACACACAGUAGAAUAUGACUACAUAAACAUUGUCCCUGGAGACAGAUGCUGGUCCUACUUUGGAAAGAUUGGAGGCAGACAGCACCUCAAUUUGCUGAAAAAUGGCUGCAUGUAUAAAGGAUUGAUUCAGCAUGAGCUCAACCACGCACUAGGUUUUCUACAUGAACAAACCCGCAGCGACCGAGAUAAUUAUGUUAAAAUUAACUUGGAAUAUGUUGCCAAAGGUAGAACAGGGGAAUUUUGAAAAAGGAACACCACCAAUCUGGGUCUUCCAUAUGACUAUGAUUCAGUUAUGCAUUAUGGCGCGUAUGAUUUUUCUAAUACUGCUGGAAAACCAACCAUUAUCCCCAUUCCUAAUGGAUCUGUACCAAUUGGUCAAAGAGUAGGGCUGAGCAACUUAGAUGUGAAAAUCAAUAAGCUCUACAGCUGCAAUGAUUGUAGCACUGUGCUACGUAAUCCAGAUGGUCAUUUCAGCUCUUAUAAUUACCCCCAUUCAUAUCCCAGAAACAUCACCUGCUUGUGGCUUAUCCAAACUCUACAAGGAAAGGUCUUCCUGAGUUUUCACAUUCUCGAUCUCCAGAGUUCUCCAAACUGUUCCUCUGAUUACAUCCGAAUUUAUGAUGGGAGCAGUAGAAAAGAUCAGAUUCUUAUUGACAAGUGUUGCGGGGCAGGGCAAUUACCUGCUGUGGUUGCUUCUGGGAACACUAUGCUUAUAGAAUUUGUAAGUGAUGAAGAUGAGACUGCAACAGGGUUUAUGGCCUCCUACACACAUGUAAAGUGUGGAGGAACGUUCACUAAUACUUCAGGAGCCAUUACUACUCCAAACUUUCCUAAAAAAUACCCUCCAAAUCAAGCUUGCCUAUGGAUUAUCAGUGCCCCUCCAGGAAACAAGAUAUCUUUGACCAUGACCUCUUUUGAACUGGAAGACAUUGAUGGCUGCAGAUAUGACAGACUUGUGCUUUAUGAUGGCAGUCAAAGCAGUUCUUCACUUAUUGGCACUUUCUGUGGAAAAAUGGAAGUUCCUCCUUUUACUUCUACUGGAAACUUUCUUCGUCUAGAGUUUUACACUGACUUUGCUUUUCAGCUUUCUGGAUUCAAGAUGGACUAUUCAAUUAAAUAGAACGUCUAGGA